AUGAAACCAAAGUUAAAUUCCAAGUUUUUCAAUGUUUUGGCGUACUUCAGCAACGGAUUUCAGAAAACUUCUUCGUUAAAAUAUGUUGUAAGUUGACUGUUUUCAUUUUACCUUGACAAGAACUUCAAUUAUUCAUAACCAGUGUUUUGCCAAACCAGUUCGGUCACUUAAAAAUUUUAAGAUUGGCCGGACCAAAUACAAAAGUUAUAAGUUUGGACUGGGCCGGUUCCAAAAAUUGCUAGACCGGACCGUUAAAAAACAUUCUGCAGCGGUCCGAGCAAAACACUGUUUAUAAAGUUAUUCUUUUUGAUAUAAUACAGUGGAACCUCUGUAUAAGGAACCUCUAUAUAACAAACCUCUGUAUAACGAACGACUUUUGUACCUCUGGCUAUUAUUACACGGUCCAUUUUAAACCUCUCUAUAACAAAACCUCUUCAUAACGAACGAAUUUUAAUUCCACAAGCGAUUCGUUAUACAGAGGUUUGUUUCACUGUGUGACACUAACCUUUUUAGUUUGUAUGCAAACGUGGAGCUUUGUAUACUUUGCAACAUUGCCACAAGGUUACUUUCCGUUGUGCAAACCAAGUUUUCAAAAUUGAUAUGGGUAACCGUUGCUACUUCGGAGAAAGAUGGCCAACACUCCGCGUUGAAUACCUAUUACAAUUUAUGUUUAGCGUGUGUAAGGAAGUGAAGUUAAAAGUGAAUUUGGGACCAGGAUAUAUAAUUGAAGCUGUAAAACCUCUUCUUAUUGCUUUAAUAAGUAAGUCUAGUUUAGUCUAAAAAAUCUAACUUUUAAUUGUUUAACAAGGAAAGUGGUUACCACUUUCCUACUUUAACUUCAUGUUUGACCUGUCCUCGCUAAAGUGCUCGACCUGUUUUGAUUGAAUUCAAACUUUUUAUGCAGGAAGAUCAUUUAAAUAUAAGGUCUUCAUCACUGUACUAAAGCGCGCUUUCCAGUUAACCUCGAAAAAAUUAAGAACAAAAAAUUACGUUUUGAAUUUCCCGCUAAAUUGGCAUUGUGUUUCAAGCUUAUUACUUUGCCAUUUUUUGAAUUUUAGGGAUUUUUCUUUGGUGUUCUAGUAGAACACCUUUAAAAUGAACCUAUAUUUUUUAAUUUCUAAAUAUAGCUUGGCUGGAAAGUCGAAAAAGUACUUGAAACACAAUGCCAAAUUUGCUAAACUGGUGGGAAACCCAAAUGUUUCAAAAUUAAAACUUAAAAGCAGGUGCUAAAAUGUUUUAUCGGUACUAUUAGAGGUACUAAGAAUUCAUAUAAAAAUUUUGAGUUGAUUGUGAGAAAAAUAGUUUACUGAAGUCUUUUAGGGAAUAAUGUACCAGUCACAUUUGGUUUCCACUGUAAUGAGGUGAAGGACAUUUUAACAAAUAUAAUUUCCAAGUUUCCUGAGUAUACAAGGUACGGUAUUAUGUGUGAAAUGUGGACAAUAAACUCGUUUAUAAAACAGACAGAUCAAAAACGACUGGCCAAGUUCCCGCUACAAGAAGUUCGUGUUAAUUUGAGGCAUAAAAACGAGAAAUGUGGAUGUAAGUUAAAAUUUGUAAAUCUACCCUACCCUAACCUACUUUACCCUACCCUACCCUACCCUAACCUAUUUUACCUUAUCUUAUCCUAUCUUGCUCUAUCGUACUCUACUAUACCCUGCACUACCCUAUCUUACGAUGCUCUACUAAAUCGUACCCUUCCACACUUUAUAUUAUAUGACCUUGGCUUAGUCUACUCUAGCUUCAUCAUGCUGUAUCAUAGCGCUACCCUUUCCCCAUCUCUGCUUUGUGACUUCAUGUGUAUAGAAUUAAAAUAUUUUCAGAUUUGAACGGUAUUUUACAAAUUCCAUCAAAAGCAAUAAAACUAAAUGUGCCUGUAGUACAAUUGGCCGAUCACGUUCCGUAAGGCUUAUAAAACAUAAAAUAUUUUUAAAACUGCCGUUUUGUGGUACUGUAAAAAUUAAUAAAUCAAUUACAACAUUAAUAGGCCAAACUGUUUUAGAUUUGUAUCGAUGCCAGAUGUCACAACGUUCGAGUUUAAGGUCGCAAUUGAAGACAGGUUAAUGGAAAGCGUACUGGAUGUGUAUCAAAGUUUGUUGGUAUCAGCGCCUAAUUUAGAAAAAGUCAUUAUUGAGUUUCUUGGGAAAUACGUUGGUGAUGUAAGUGUUAAAAAACAAAUUUACGCUUAUUAAUAUUGAGAUUGGUAUGCUUGAGUCUACUACGCUGAAUACUACAAAGCUUACGUCUACUAAGGCUAAGCCUUGCUUUUUUUAAACUUAAGUUAUAAGCUAACAAUAAGCUUAAUUUAAGCUUAAAAUUAGCCUAAUUUAAGCUUUAAAAUGAACCCAAUUCUAUUAUACUAUUAAGGAAAGUAUCUACCUAACCUGCCCCUCUCAAAAUCAACUUUAAAUUUUUAAUGAAUUCUUUGUAUAAUACCACAAAUAGUACUCAUAAAAAAUUUUGGCUGGCGCUUUUGAGUUUUAAAUUUGAAAUAUUUUGGUUUUUCGCCAAUUUGACAAAUUUGGCAUUGUGUUUCAAGCACUUCUUUUCACUUUCUAAGCAAGCUACGCUUACAAAUUUAAAAAUGUAGGUCUAUUUAAAGAUUUUCUACAAGUAUAUCAAAGAAAAAAUGAUUAAAAGUUUUAAAAAAACAAAUUUAUAAGCUUCAAACAAAAAGCCACUUUGGCGGGAAAUUCAAAACGUAAUUUUUUAAACUCGAUUUUUUCGUGUUUCUUAGAAUGCGCGAUUUAGUACUUUGCUAAAGAUCUUAUAUUUACAUAAUCUUUCUUCAUAUAUAAAAAGUUUUAAGUCAAUCAGAGCGAGGCAGGUCGGACACUUUUCCUGUGAUCUUAAUCUCCAACUGCCUUAACCUAAAAGUUUAUAAGUUGUACAACUUUUACAGAUUGAAACCAUGUCGUCUGCAAUUGCCUCUGAUUUACAAAUUUUACGUAGAAUCAGUCAAUUUUUCGGACAAUCUUACCAUAUCACUUUAAAGCUGGAUAUAAGGUUUUAUUCCGGAUAUAGUGAAUAUUGGAGCGAGUACUUCUAUGGCGCAGGCAAGGUAUGGUUUAUCUUUUUGCAUGUGCACUAGCAUAUACAUAUAAAUAUAAAAAAUAAUCGUUUUUCAGUCCGUAUAUCAACUGAAAUGCGCAACAUUACUAGACGAAAAACAACUGGUAGAGUUUGACAACAAUAUUACCGUAGUGUUCCUUGGUGAUCUAUAG